AGUUUUAUUGAUUUUUCUUAUCAACAGUGGGACCAGUCGAAUUAUCCAUCAAAAGCAAAAUAGAAUCUGCUCUCAAGCCCUCUUACCUAGAAAUCAUUAAUGAGUCAUACAUGCAUAAUGUUCCACCGAAGAGUGAAACCCAUUUUAAAGUUGUUGUGGUGUCAGAUGCAUUCUCGGAAGUUUCAUUAAUUAAGCGACAUAGACUGGUGAAUGAAGUGCUUAGUGAAGAAUUGAGCUCUAAAGUUCAUGCUCUUUCUAUAGUUGCAAAAACACCAGCUCAGUGGGAUGAAGGAUCAAAAGAAGUAGAAAAGAGCCCUGCAUGCAGAGGUGGAUUUGGGAAGUAAUUAUGUACCUUCUUCAAGAGGAGCACAUUGGAUGAAUUAGCCCAGACUGCUAUUCACAUCUGAUGAGUUGAAGUUUUCUUAUUUUCAUGUAAAUAUAGAUACGUAGUUGGAUGAAGAAUAGGUGAGAUUGUGGUCAGUGGCAGAUGUGUACUAAUCAUAUUAUAUUAGCAAAAACCCCUAUAAUGAUAAGGAACAAAUGGUUUCAACUAUUGUAAGAAUAAUGAUUAUCUUAAAGCUGCUUCUGUGCAGAUUUUUUGUAAUUCCUUGUCAUCUAUGAAACUGUUGAGAGAACUAUGGAAUGGGUAUGUAUUGUUAUAUUAAAGGUAAUUUCCU